AUGUUCCUUCUUAUGAUCAUAGGUUUACUAAAUGCAUUCACACCACAGAAAACAUUAGAAGACUUUCAAGAUGUGUAUCUUGUAAUGGAAUUAAUGGAUGCAAAUCUGUGUCAAGUAAUUCAGAUGGAUUUAGAUCAUGAACGAAUGUCUUACCUUCUGUAUCAGAUGCUAUGUGGGAUUAAACAUUUGCAUUCAGCAGGGAUUAUACACAGAGAUUUGAAACCCAGCAACAUUGUGGUAAAAGCUGAUUGUACACUAAAAAUUUUAGAUUUUGGAUUAGCAAGGACUGCAGGGACUGGUUUUAUGAUGACACCAUAUGUUGUAACAAGAUAUUACCGUGCUCCAGAAGUCAUCCUUGGUAUGGGCUAUAAAGAAAAUGUGGAUAUUUGGUCCGUGGGCUGCAUCAUGGCAGAGUUGAUACGAGGUGGUGUACUAUUUCCUGGCACUGACCAUAUAGAUCAGUGGAAUAAGAUUAUCCAACAAUUAGGAACCCCAUCUCAAGACUUCAUGUGUAGAUUGCAGCCUACAGUAAGGAGCUAUGUUGAAAACCGUCCUCGGUUUACAGGCUACAGCUUUGAUAUCUUGUUUGCAGACUGUAUGUUCCCUUCAGACAGCCGUGAGCAUCAAGGUCUGCAAGCAUCUGUAGCCCGAGACUUGCUGUCCAAGAUGUUGGUUGUUGACCCUGAGCGAAGGAUAUCUGUUGAUGAGGCAUUAAUGCAUCCCUACAUUAAUGUAUGGUAUGAUGAAGGCGAAGUAAAUGCACCUGCUCCUGGACCUUAUGAUCACUCAGUAGAUGAAAGAGAACACUCUGUAGAAGAAUGGAAAGAACUUAUAUAUGAGGAAGUCAAGAAAUAUGAAAAUAAAGAUAAUCAAAUGACAAAUGCUAUGCAAAAUCUCUCAGUGUACAGAGGUCAUAAGGAUGGAGCAACGAAUGACACUGCCCCUAAGGAAGGUGUUGCAACAGGCUCUCCUGGUCAGAACAGGCAUCGGUGA